UCGUUUCUUCGGGCUAUUGUCGAGCGAUCUUUGCAUCCUAUAUCCAGUCCCACAGAUUUCUUAUCAAACAUGGAUACGGCUUCACUCAACGGCAAUGGGACGCGCCCAUAUGCCAGCCCGGAGAGCCACGCGAAGCUGUCGCAGCAUUCGCCAACCGAUGAGCAGGACUGGAGCGGCGAGGGAUCCAGCGGCGACGAAGCCAUACAAGCCAGCGGCGCAACGAAGCGCAAACGGCCCCUUUCUGUCAGCUGCGAAAUAUGUAAGCAGCGCAAGGUCAAGUGCGACCGUGGCCAGCCAAGCUGCGGUUGGUGUGUCAAGAAUCACUCUGGAUGCAUAUAUCUACCGCGAAAGAAGCCAGGUCUGCGCGCAGGUUACGGUCGAGAAUUAGAGGCUCGUCUUGAUAAGCUGGAGUCAUUGCUCCACCAACAGCAGAACCAGAUCAAUCAACUCUCUAGCAACCAGGCCACGGCAGCAGUGCCUUCCCCGCAGACCGGACCGGUCUUCCGGAGCCCUACUGUCUUACAACAAACGCCACAUGUGCCACGGCCUGAAACGGCACUUUUCAUACAGAAAGCAGGUAGUUUCUCUGCUGCAACUGCAACCCCUCUGCAGCCAAGCUUUCCUGGUGGAAUAUCCGACGCGCGACAGGCGCCCUCUGUCGGCAGCAAUGGCUAUCACAAUUCGCCCGAGGAUGUUGCGUCGAAUGUGAGUGGGUUACAACAACGAGAUGCAUUUGCCUUCAACAACGAUCGUUUCGCUCCCCCGUCAAUGGCCGGAGCACUCGCACGAGGUGACCAGGACUUUCCACCAUACGACUUACUAUAUGGUUUGGUGGAUCUAUUCUUCAAGCACAUUUACCCUUGGUGUCCAAUACUUCAUCGUCAAGCGACCCUAAAUUCCCUUUUUGGGGAUACCAGCCUAGAUGAGGCGGAUAGAAUCCUCCUACAUGCUAUGGUUGCAACCACCCUAAGAUUUUCAACUGACCCUCGCUUGACCCCAGAGAAGAGAGAGCACUACCACCAGAACUCGAAAGAGAAAGUGCUAUUGUUCGGAAUCCAGAAUAGCUCAGUCAAGUCAUUGCAGGCACUCGUCAUACUGGCGCUGGAUGUCGUGGGAUGCUCGAACGGCCCUCCGGGAUGGAACCUCCUGGCUUUAAUCACCCGGUCGAUCGUCAACCUUGGCCUAUCAGUCGAAAACUCUUCGCCAAAAGUAGCCCCUCAAUAUGCGUCCAUUUAUACUUUGCGGGCGAUCGUCCUCCCAGAACCGACGGAUUGGAUCAUGGAGGAAAGUCGAAGGCGGCUUUUUUGGAUGAUCUACGUUCUUGAUCGAUACGCGACCGUUGCAACCGCCUUCGAAUUCGCACUUGACGAAAAGGAAAUCGACCGUCAGCUUCCAUGCCGGGACGAAUUCUUCACUCGCAAUGCGUCAGUGGAGACUCGCUGGUUCCGUACGUCAACGCGCACAGAUUUUACACUGAAUCGACCAGAGAAUCUGGGAGCGUUCUCCUAUUAUGUCGAGAUUCUUGAGAUACUCUCCCGCAUUCACAAUUUCUUGAAGCAGCCUGUUGACAUCACAUCUCUGGCCGACGUCGAGAAAUGGCAAAGUGAGUAUCGUGCAUUGGAUAGCACGCUUGAGCAAUGGAAGUACAAUUUGCCGCCUGAAUAUGGGAACGCCACGCGCGUCUUCGCAGGACCAGCGGCCAGCAAGGAUCUUAGCAGUAGUUUGAUCAUGCUGCACGCCGCCUUCCACACGUAUGUACUCCGGCCGCACACCUCGAGAGGGGCUAACAAGAGUAGUACCGUGAUCCGCCUACACUCUUCUGCCGCAUACCCUACCCACCGCUCACCAAUAUUUGCGCCUUCCUUCAGCGCAAGUCAAAGAUGUUUGAGUGCCGUCGAGAGCAUAGUGAUGCUCUGCCAAUACAUUCGCGAAAACGGUCUCUUGACGAAGCUCGGUCCCCCUUUCGCUUUCUCCUUGUGGGUUGCGGCUCGUGUUCUGUUGGUCCAUGGCUCGACGAUAGCUCACCGCGUGGAUGAAUCCAUCAACCUGCUCGUCUUGACCCUCCGAGAAAUGGGUACUUACUGGGAAGUGGGCUCUCGCUAUGCCAAUUUGCUUUCCCGCGUGCUGCUUGAGUACCAAGAGUCGCAACAAAAUGCCGGGAUAAACGGAGAGCGCGUCACUCCAUCUACCGUCAAAAUACUCGCAGACAUGCGCCGCUGCGCAUUCGACCUCGACUUCCUCAUUGCGCGACAGCCAAAGAUGCACCCCAGCCACCAGCCGACCCCAGCUCGGACUCCAGCACCAAACGAGUUGGAGUAUCUCGACGUGUUCGAUUUCUUCAACAUGCCAAGGCUUCCUGUUUCCAUGGACAGCGCGAACUCGUAUGUAGCGCCGGACGGCACCAUCCAGACCGCAAUGCCUGAUGGACAACCGGUCAACGAGUUCAACAUUACGAAUUAUAUGGUGGAUGCCAGUUCUGAUUGGUUCAUCAAGGGCGCGACCUGAUACCUUGUACAAUUCAUCAAAAGCGUGUGUUUGGCCUGUCCACCAUACCAUCGUUCAUGGGCACUUGGAACAAGGUGGUCAUCUUUGAUUCUGGACAUGCACUUCUUUUAGAUACCCCUUUUUCUUAACGAGCAUUGCCGCGUUGUCAUGGCUGGUCGUUGGACACAAUGAGGAGACCAAAACUAUCGGUUGUUCACCUUCCUAUCAUGUUCAAAUACGUGAGGCCGGCCGCAAUGACGAACGUGGGGAUGCGACUUUGCGAAUUAAGCAUACGCCGAGCAGGCCUGAGCCCUCGAGUCAGUGAAGGUGGAGUCCCGCUGCAGGCU